AUGAACAGUGAACCUAUCAAUAAAGGAGGGAGGCCUAGAAAAGUCAUUAGAUCUGGCCGUCCACGAAAGGAUUUUAAUCCUGUUCCUCAAGCAGCUUUUGAUUUUGAAAUGAAUGCCCAAGAAGAAUUGAAUCGUGAAAUAAAUGUUGAAGAGUGUAUAACUGAAUCGGUUGUUUCAUAUAAUUCAACAUCAACGCUAAGACGAUCAUCUCGCAUUUCACAAUGCAGUUCGAGAUUAAAUGAUGUUCAGGAGUCGUGGCCAGUUUUUAGCCCAAUUACUCAACGUUGUGAUCGUACACAUUUUGGAUUAGGAUGUGGUGCCAAAGGUGCAAACCAUAUGCCUAUUUAUUAUGACUCUUUGCCAAAGGUUAAAUGAUAU